GCUAAAACGAGUUUUGUUUACACUACAGACGAGCCAGGGCUUUUACGAUAUUGCUACAAUAUUUUUACUAACUUUAAGUGUUGGCACAGUUUAGUAAACAUGUCCGAAAGCGAAGAAACUCAAGUGAAGGUAGAGUUCAAAAAGAAGGGCAAGAAACAACUGCGGCAAAGGAAACCAUCCAAUAGUGAAGACGAUGAGCAAGAACAAAACGCAGAAGCUGAGACACUAGCCAAACUAGAGGAAACCAAAGAACGACAAAAGCUGCGUAACAGGCGAAAUGGUGUUAACAUUCUCAGCUUGGCCGCUGGUAAAAAAAUAUCCAUCGAAGAAGAGGUUACAGUGAAAGAUCCGUUCAAUAUUAAAACUGGUGGUAUGGUAAAUAUGCAAGCGUUAAAGGCGGGCAAGCUGAAAGCCGCAGUCGAAGAUCCUUACGAUACAGGCAUAGGUACACAGUUUUCGGCAGAAACAAACAAACGCGACGAGGAUGAGGAAAUGAUGAAAUACAUUGAAGAGGAACUCGGCAAACGGAAGGGAAUUGCUCAAGAGCAGGACAACCAGGUGGAGGGUGAAUCUUCCACCAAGUAUCUCAGCCCGGAAGAGGCCGCCCUGCUUUCCCUGCCAGCCCAUCUCAGUCAAACAUCAUCACAGCGUUCGGAAGAAAUGUUGUCCAACCAAAUGUUGAGCGGCAUUCCGGAGAUAGAUCUUGGUAUUGAGGCGAAAAUUAAAAAUAUCGAAGCGACGGAAGACGCGAAGCUGAAGUACAUGCAAGAGCAGCAAAGGAAGAAAGAUCUCCCGUCCCACUUUGUCCCGUCGAAUAUGGCCGUUAAUUUCAUGCAGCAUAAUCGUUAUCGGAUCGAGAAUCCUGCCCCGACGAAGCGACGAUAUCAGGAGGAUCAGCAGCGCGAUCAACGUAGCGAUGAUCGUGUGCCGAAAAAAGCGACCGAUGAUUAUCAUUUUGAUAAAUUUAAAAAGCAAUAUCGACGCCAUUGAGUGAUAAUGCAGGAACUCGUUAUGUGUGUGUAUCUAAUAAAGAAAAACCUUUCAGUUUCAACGCUGGAUGUAAAGUUUAUAAUGAA